AUGACAGCCCGCGAGGCAUGGAAUAAAACAUGGGAUGUCAAUGUGACGGGUGCGCAUAUCAUGACUACGACUUUUCUCCCAUUAUUGCUCAAGUCACGCGAUCCCAGAUUACUAUUUAUCACUAGUGGGCUUUCCUCGUUGCAGGCGUCUUCAGAUUCAAAGAAUCCGAAGAAUGUUUUCCCACCGGCGGGACUUCCGAAACCACUUCCAUUCGUUGGGUACCGGUCCUCCAAAGCAGGGCUUAACAUGGUAAUGGUGGAGUGGGCGAAGGCGUUGGAAAAUGACGGGGUUAAGGUGUGGUCUGUCGCUCCUGGUCUUUUGGCUACUGGUUUGGGUGGAGACACGGAGCUGUUGAAGAGGUUAGGGGCACAGGAUCCGAGUAUUGGGGGUGAUACUAUCCGACGCGUAGUUGAGGGGGAGAGAGAUGGCGAGAGCUACCGGUCGUUGUGA